AUGGCUCGUGCCCCCAUUAUCCCCAGGCCAAGCACUAAUCCCAAAGUGACCAAACUGCAGGUUAACGGGCUCGGCCCUCCCGACACGCAGCGGGCCAUAAACCGGCCCGUCCCCUGCCACGUCAACCGGCCAUGCCCUGGCCACGGAGCCAUCACCAUUGAUAAGGGCCAUGAGAUGCCUAGUGGAACCCUGCCUCUGAAUAAGCUGGAACAUUCCUUUAGAGCUCAACGAGUAGGCCACACACUGGCUACGUGGACGCCCUCCACCACAACCGAUUCUUUCCUUUCUUCCCACGCGGUUAUAAGUCGAUCGAGGCUGUCAAUUACCAUCUCGCUUUGUGCUUUGAAUCCCUCAACAGCCAUCUGCUUCGGACUAAUUAAAUCGCAGGUCAUUGCAUUGCCUUCGGAUUUUCCACUCGUGGGAUUACUGAGCCCUUCAUCUUUAGCUAGUGAGGCAGCAGAAAUGUUGGGUUUCUUCUUGGCCUUAGCUUCUGCGACUGCAACUGGAUCCAAAUGUUCACCGGCAUGGUAA